AUGAUAUCAGUACGAAUUGUACUCACAGAUCAUUAUGUAACAUCGGUUAAUUCACGAUUUGAUCCUGUAUAUUCUAAACUACGACAUCCGAUAAAACAAGUACCAAUCAUUCGAAUAUUCGGACCGAAUGAAGAGGGAAAGAAAGUUUGUCUUCAUUUGCAUGGAAUUUUUCCUUAUUUACUUAUUAAAUCACCAACAGAUGAAAUACGUUAUGGUGAACAAUUGGCACAAAGUUUAGAUAUGGCAAUUAAUUUAUCAUUUGA